UUUCUUGUCUCCGGUUAGUAUAGCAAAGGAACUUGUGAGGAGAAGCAGGUUGUGAAUGGUGAAUUUUUGUGAGAGGAAAUAAUAUUAAUAUUAAAUAUUAAUGGGUAUGAAUAUCAACAUGAAGAUAAAGGGAGAAAUAGAAAAGGUAAAUGGAAAGGAACUAAGUUACAGUGAAUUUGUUGAAAGAUAUAUGGACAAGAACAAGCCAGUGGUGCUUACUGGACUAAUGGAUCAUCAUUGGAGGGCUUCCACUGAUUGGGUUACCCCUAAUGCCCAACCCAAUCUUCAAUUUUUCUCCAAUCAUUUUGGUGCCUCUAAAGUUCAGGUUGCAGAUUGUGAUACUAGAGAUUUCACUGAUCAAAAAAGGGAGGAGAUGUUGGUCUCCGAUUUCGUAGAGCGGUGCCUUCUAAUUGAGGGUUCUGCAGUUCGGUGUGAUGAUCAAUUUGGUGCUAGUAAUGGUCACAAUUUAUAUCUACCAUAUUUGAAGGAUUGGCAUUUUGUGAAGGAGUAUCCAGAAUAUGUAGCAUACACCACUCCAAUGUUCUUUUGUGAUGAUUGGCUCAACUUGUAUCUUGACAACUUCAGAAUGAAUGCUUACUCUGACAGUUACCAGCAAAAUAAGGAAAUAUGUUGCUCUGACUAUCGUUUUGUUUACAUGGGAGUUAAAGGAUCUUGGACUCCUCUACAUGCUGAUGUUUUCAGGUCAUACAGCUGGUCGGCGAAUGUCUGUGGAAAGAAGAGAUGGUUUUUUCUAGAUCCUUCCCAGUGUCAUCUUGUGUUUGACAGGAAUGUGAAAAGCUGUGUAUAUAAUAUCUUUGAUGAAGUAUCUGACUCAAAAUAUCCUGGUUUUCAAAAGGCUAUCUGGUUAGAAUGCACACAAGAAGCAGGGGAAAUCAUAUUUGUUCCCAGCGGAUGGUAUCAUCAAGUUCAUAAUUUGGAGGAUACAAUAUCUAUAAACCACAAUUGGUUCAAUGCAUUUAACCUUUCUUGGGUGUGGAAUUUACUUUUAAAGGACUACAAUGAGGCCAAGGAAUACAUAGAAGACAUUAGGGAUAUAUGUGAUGAUUUUGAAGGUCUCUGUCAGCGCAAUCUUGCUGCUAACACAGGGAUGAAUUUUUAUGACUUCUUUACUUUCAUUUCAUACUUCUCCUUGGCCAACUUGGUGCUGCUUUGCUACAUAAAUGGAAGAGAUGGAAGUUCGCCAAGAGUCGCUCAGCAUUUAUCUAUGAAUAUUGAGUUUAUUAGGAAGAUUGCAUCGGAGAUGAAACACAUGCAUGCUCUAGAAGGCAAUCAUGAUUGCAUUGUGGAUAUGAUAAAAACAUUUGAAGAUCUUAGGUUUUUCAAAUUCUGCAUGCAGGUGGGAAAAACAUAUUUCAUGAUACACGAGCAAUCCAGUUUGUCCUCUGAUUUUGAGAGUGCUUCAAUGGUUGAUUUCGUGGACCUCAGUGUUUUGAAAGCGCACGCAUCUUCUCAGGUUUACACACCCGAAAACCUCAUCAAAUUUAUAGACAAUGUCGUUGCAGAACUGGACAACUUUCACGUCGAGUCAUCUAUACUUAGCGUUGCUUGAAUGCCCUACUGAAAUUCAUGUUUGACAACUGAUUCUGAUUGCACUUAAAGAUGGGACCAAUUACUGCAGUUCACAAUUUUUAACUCUUGCCACCUGAUCUUAUAAGGCAAGAAUGUUACCCACCCAUUUGGAACCCGCCGUCGUCUAAUUGUUGGCCCUUCAUUUUCUCUGUGCCCACAAAAGAAUGACUUUUGUCUGACCAGAUUUUUUCAUCAGCAUAUAUCAACUUCAAGUGCAUAGUGGGAGGGGCUUGGUUGGUGUAUAAAGGAUUGAUGACACUGUUGGUCAAUUCCACUGGGUCUGAAUGGUAGUUAUGUGAAUGGCUGAAAGUGGUCCACUGUGUUUCUCAUCCCAAGACUUUAUUGUGGCCUUUUUGAUUCAACUUUGCACUAGAUAGUUGAGGGUUGGUUGGAUACCUCUUGUUGUUCUGUAAUAUAUCAAAACAAUGUUGUAUCUCAAAUAUUCGUUAGACCUCUUAAAUUAUUGUUUUAGUUAAGCUAGCGACUCAUAUUACUUCAAGAUCAUACCUUUUUAUUAUCUUAUCAACCAUCUGGUCUGUAUAAAAGGGAAAAAAAAUGAAA